AUGCAGCCUGAGGGCCUCGAGGGUCCCCACGUGCUCUGCCCRUGGCCUCUGCUGCGUUCGUUUUUUCUGCCCCUGCUGCUGCUGSUGYUGCCACCAAACCCUGUAACCAGCACUGAGAUCACUCCCGGUACCACCGACACCCCGACCACUCUAGACGCCCCCAACUCUGGGACCACGCCAGUCACCCCCAGCACCCCAGGCCUGCGAGAGCGCGCGCUGGCCCUAAUGCGGGACUUCCCGCUGGUGGACGGCCACAACGAUCUGCCCCUGAUCCUGAGGCAGUUUCACAAGAAUGGACUAAAGGAUGUCAACCUGCACAAUUUCAGUGAUGGCCAGACCAGCCUGGACAGGCUUAGAGAUGGCCUCGUGGGUGCUCAGUUCUGGUCAGCCUAUGUUCCAUGCCAGACCCAAGACCAGGAUGCUGUGCGUCUCACACUGGAGCAGAUUGACCUCAUUCAUCGCAUGUGUGCUUCCUAUUCUGAGUUGGAGCUUGUGACCUCUGUGAAAGCUCUGAACAGCACCAAGAAAUUGGCCUGCCUCAUUGGUGUGGAGGGUGGCCACUCACUGGACAACAGCCUCUCCAUCUUGCGUACUUUCUAUGUGCUGGGAGUACGCUACCUGACGCUCACCCACACCUGCAACACACCCUGGGCAGAGAGCUCGUCUAAGGAUAUCCACUUCUUCUACAGCAAUGUCAGCGGUCUAACCARCUUUGGUGAGAAGGUGAUAGCAGAAAUGAAUCGCUUGGGCAUGAUGGUAGACUUGUCUCAUGUCUCUGACGCUGUGGCCCGGAAGGUUCUGGAAUUGUCACGGGCACCUGUUAUAUUCUCCCACUCUGCUGCCAGGAGUGUGUGCAAGAGUGAUCGGAAUGUUCCUGAUGAUAUUCUGCAGCUUCUGAAGAAGAAUGGUGGCAUUGUGAUGGUGACCUUUUCUAUAGGCGUGCUACAGUGCAACCUGUUAGCCAACGUGUCCACUGUAGCAGAUCACUUUGACCACAUCAAGGCAGUCAUUGGAUCCAAGUUCAUUGGGAUUGGUGGAGACUAUGAUGGUGCCAGCCAAUUCCCUCAGGGGCUGGAGGAUGUGUCCACAUACCCRCUGCUGAUAGAGGAGUUGCUGAAUCGGGGCUGGAGUGACGAAGAGCUUCAAGGUGUCCUUCGAGGAAAUCUGCUACGGGUCUUUGGAGAAGUAGAACAGGUACGGGAGGAAAGCAAGUGGCAAAGCCCCCUGGAGGACAGUAUCCCAGAUGAGCAGGUGGGCAGCCCAUGCCGAUCCAUCCUCUCAAGACUGCAUCAGAAACAAUAUCUGGCUCCAGACCAGAAACUAACCAAGAUCCCCACACGUCAAACACCCAGAUUAUCACGCAAGUGGUCACUCUCAAAAUCUUCCUCCUUCAAGGUCCCAGGCCUCACAGUUGUUGCCGCCUUCCCAGUCCUCAUUCUAUGGCUCUAG